CGGGUGCGGCCGCCCCCGCCUGCGCUCCCCGCGCCCCCAGCGGGGCUCUAGGGCCGGGCGCGUCCGGCAGGGGCGAAGGCGGCGGCGCCCCCGGGACCAUGCGCUAAGCGCCCGGGGCAUCCAGCGAGCAAAGUUGCCGUGGAAGAUGAACAACACCGAAAUCACAAAGCCACCACUAGCACCAAAACCAAAGAUUAUUGGUCAUCUUUCUCCAGUAGUUGUCUCCAAAUUUUCUCCUUCGUUGCCAAGGUCUGAUAUUCUUCAUAACCCAAAUUCUACAUCUAGGGGUCCCAAACCACCUCUUGCUCCCAAGCCAAAACUCUCAUCUGACACUGAGGGCAAAUUCAGUGUUUAUACCAAUAACAACUUAAAUAAAUUCUCAAAUGGGAAACUGGGAUGCCGUGAUGGAGACCUGUUUGAAGGAAAUCAAUAUAAUGAUGAGUGCCCAGAAUCUGAGGUGGAUAAUGAAUACAUUGUAGUUCCUGAAGCUCAGCUGAUUAGCAAAGACUAUAAUGACUUGGAACAUGAGCAUGACCAGAGCCUAGACUGCUCUGCGGAGAAUGUAGUCUUGGAAACUUCAGAAAAGGCAGGGAAGGAAGAGGAUAACAACACUGCUAAUGAUGAGGACACUGGCAAUCUAGAAAUCACUGAAGCUGAGCACGACAACCCUUCAGAUAUUGCUGAACUGAUGGAACCAGACUCAGAAGAGUCAACCAGAGACUGUGACCAUUCCAAAGCACUUUGUGAGGAGUCCUCAGACACUUCUGAUGUGGAUUAUGAUGCUUCCAAGGAUGAAGAUGAAGAUGUUGUAAAUGACUGCAGUGAAAUCAAAAACAAUUUGGAGGAAACUUUUAAUAGUCUGCAACUGGUUAAGAAUUCUGGUGAUUUUAAGACUGACAAUGAUAACAUUCUGAAUAGAGAUGAGGAUGAGAUAGGUGAUACUUGUGAAGACAUACUAAUGAUAAAGUUUCUAACUGAAACUUUAGAGGAGGGAGAUUGGUGUCCAGCACAUGAUGGUGAUCACAGUGCGCAAGAAGAGCUUGACUUGAACAUGGAAGAGGAGUUAGAAAAUGAAGGCUGUGAGGGCCCUAACAUGCUGCCCAAUGAGGCCGAUAAAGAAACAGCUCCCAGCCUGGAACUGACGGAAAAUGAACCCAACACUGAAGAUGGUUUGGGAGACCCCAUCCAUCCAGCUGCAGCUGUAGAGGAGGAAGCAGACCCAGAUGACCACACUGACACAAACACAGAAAAUACUAGUGAUGGCUGCCAGAUUACUGAGAGGAGAGGCGAGGAGGAAACAUCAGAGGCAGCCUGUGAAGCAAGUGAAGACUCCGAGAAAGGAGAGGAAGAAAAUGUGAAUGCAGAGAGUAUGGAUAAUGGUUGUCAAAUUACUCCUUUUGAGAAUGAAUGUGGUGAGGAAAUACCCCAGGAACUCUCAGGUGAGAAUCUACAAACACAUGGGACCUCUCUGGACAAAGAUGAUCAUAUCUUUGUUACUCUCCCUAAUGGUCCAGGGAUGGAGUCAGAAUUGGAAGAUGUGCUCACUGAAGAGCAUAGUGAAAGUGUUGUGGAAACCUCUGAGUCAGAUGAGCUGCUCCUUAAAGACAGCAAGGUGGAACCGAAUAGCCCCCAUCAAAGUGUCCUAGAUCCACCUGAACAGAUCCCAUUUGAAGAAGAGUUAGCAGUCUGUGAGCAAGGCAAAAUUAAUGUAGAAUCUGAGAGCAAACAAGUCUUACAUGAAAAUUUAGCAGUUCCUGAGGUGGUCAUUGAGCCUGAACAAUCAGAGGAAAAAGAAACAAGCCGUGAUUCUCUAGAUGACCCUUAUGUGCUUCCUGCAGAGAAUGAAAUCCCUCAUGAUGGACAAACUGAUUUAAGAACCGAUCACAGUAAAAGGGAUGACUUAAAUAUGGAUGAUGAAAACAACUUGCUACCCAUAGAUCGUAAAAGCAUUGUCACUAGAACCCGGUCGCUCUCUGGGAAAAUGCCAGGCUAUGUGCCAGAAACAGUUCCAGAAGAAAAUGGGCCUGAUACAGAUUUGCCAUCUUCCCACAGUGGCUCUGGGACUAAAGAUUUAAGCAAUAACUUACUGUCAGUGGAAGGAAAACCAAUGGAAGUCAACAGGGCGCUACCAACCACAUCAAGAUGUUUUAUUUUAUAUCCUCGGUCUUACUCCAUUGAAGGGAGAGAGAUGCCUGUCUCCAUUUACAAAGAAAGUGAUGGCUAUGUACUGGACGAUGGUAGAAUAAAAAGGACAGAAGACAACUUGUCUUUGCCCUGUGUCAUUGGUUCCUCAGGUAGUUUUUCCCAGAGAAAUCACCUUUCAUCAGGUGGUGUAUCUACUCCAUCCUCAGUUGUUGAUAUACCACCUCCUUUUGAACUUGCUUGCAUCACCAAAAAGCCAAUCACUAAAAGUUCCCCUUCACUUUUGAUAGAGAAUGAAUCACCUGAUAAGUAUUCCAAGAAAAAGAAAUCUUCCUUUAAGAGGUUCCUCACUCUAAAAUUCAAGAAGAAAACUGAAAAUAAAAUCCAUGUGGAUGUUAAUGUUUCAUCUUCAAGGUCCUCAUCAGAGUCCAGCUAUCACGGACCUUCAAGGCUGAUAGAGCUGGACAGGAGGAGCCUAAGUAGCUCACCUCAGCUAAAAUCACAUGCAGGGAAGCUCCGCAUGUCUGAGUCUCCCUCAGCUGUUCUUUUUUAUAAGGAUGGUAAGAGAAAAGGAACACCCAAGUCCUUCAGCAGGAGCGUGUCAAGGGUGGAGUCCUUCGAGGAUCGGUCCAGACCUCCUUUCAUGCCACUCCCAUUAACGAAACCUAGGUCCAUUUCUUUCCCCAAUGCUGACACUUCUGACUACGAAAACAUUCCAGCUAUGAGCUCUGACUAUGAAAAUAUACAAAUUCCUCCUCGAAGACCCACCAGAGCAGGAACUUUUACUGAGUUUUUUGAAGAUCCCAGCAGGGCAUUAUCUGCUGCUAAUGAGAAUGAUGGCUAUGUGGAUAUGAGCAGCUUCACUGGCUUUGAGAACAAGCAACAAACCACCAACCAGGAAACAGAAAGUGCCUACACUGAGCCCUACAAGGUGUGCCCGGUCUCUGUGAUACCUGUGGAGGUCAUCACAUCUGAUGAGGAACAGAAGAGUUCAGAAGAUGAGGAGAGCAGCCAGGGUGAUGCCAGCCUCAUCAACAGGAAAGAAGGCCAGUCCAGAGCUUACCUCAUUGCCCUGGAGCUGGUGUCUACAGAAAAAGUAUAUGUGGAGAUGCUCGAGCGGUUAAAGAUGGACUUCUAUGAAGGUAUCUUGAAGGUGCUUGGGGAAGAAGAUGAGAAUGAACAGGAAGAGGUUAAACUCAAGCAGGGCUUAAGUGAAAUCCCUGAAAUUUAUAAAUUACAUCAAGAAAUCCUAGGAGAAUUGGAAGAAAGAGUCUUUAAAUGGGAAGAACACCAGAAAGUUGCUGAUGUUUUCCUCUCCAGAAAAUCAAAAUUCAAUCACCACACUGCAUAUAUUAUGCAGUUUGAUAGGAAUUUGGCUUUGAUGGAUGAAACUUGCCUUAAAUACUCCCAACUGGCUACCAUCAUUCAGGAGUUUGAGCAGAACUCUGGUGACAGCCCACAGAGCAUGAAACACCAGCUUCUGAAAGUGGUGCAGCGUGUCUUCCAGUACCGUGUGCUGCUGACAGAUUACUUGAAUAAUCUUUGCCCUGAUUCUACAGAGUAUGAAGCCACACAAGCUGCCUUACUCAUUGUCUCUGAAAUCACAGACAGAGCCAAUGACAGCAUGCUCCAAGCGGAAAACUUGCAGAAGCUGGUACACAUUGAGUACAGUGUCAGGGGGCAGAGCAGCCUUCUCCAGCCAGGAAGGACUUUUGUUAAAGAGGGAACACUGAUGAAAGUUUCCGGCAAAAACAGGCACCCUCGGCAUUUGUUCUUGAUGAAUGAUGUUCUGCUGUACACAUAUCCCCAGAAGGAUGGCAAAUACCAGCUGAAAAACACCUUGGCUGUGUCAGGAAUGAAGGUCAGCUGCCCAGUGACAGAAAAAGCCCAGAAUGUCCUGAAGAUUGAAAAUGAUGAAUACUGCCUGACGCUGUCAGCAAGCUCUUGUUCAGAAAGGGAUGACUGGUACAGUUGCAUCAGCAGACACAUCCCAGAUGACUGCAAAGCUCAAAACACCUCCACCUUCCACAGCAGCGUGGAGCUAAGGGAAAGGCUUGGAAUACCCUUGGGUGAGAGGCCUCCAACUUUGGUACCUGUGUCACAUGUCAUGAUGUGCAUGAACUGCGGUUGUGACUUUACGCUCACCCUGAGACGCCAUCAUUGUCAUGCUUGUGGGAAGAUUGUGUGUCGAAAUUGUUCAAGAAACAAGUACCCCAUGAAGUACCUCAAACAAGAAGCAGCCAAAGUCUGUGAUAGCUGCUACAUGGAACUGAAAAAAAGGGAGCGACCUCUAAGUGUGAGCUUCCCUCCAACUUCAUCCAGGUGUUCGAGCAGUGCCUUCUCCUCUGUCUUCCACAAUAUUCAUUACUCAUCUUUCAAGAAGCAAAAGAAGGUCCCUUCGGCUCUUAUGGAGGUGGCAGCCUCAGAAGAAGGAGCUACCAUUAGUGGUUAUCUCAGCAGAUGUAAGAGAGGCAAAAGACACUGGAAGAAACGCUGGUUUGUUAUCAAGGGCAAAGUCCUCUACACCUAUGCAGCAAAUGAGGACAAGGUUGCCACAGAAAGUUUGCCUUUGCUGGGUUUCACCAUUGCCCCAGAAAAGGAGGAAGGAAGUAUGGAUGCAGUUUUCCAUCUCUACCACAAGCAAACCCUGUUUUACAGCUUCCGAGCAGAGGAUAACAAUUCAGCACAGAGGUGGAUUGAAGCCAUGGAAGAAGCAUCCAUAUUAUAGCAGCAAUGGACUUGCAAUAAAAUCUCAUGAUUUCUGUACAUUCCCAGCAACCAUCCUUUUUCUGUCUUACAAAACUGACUAGUGUAUUUCAGGCAAACUGGCUACACAUACUGGAUCUGAACUGUUUCCAGAUUUCUCUUUUUGCUUCCUUCCUCUUUCAUCCACAUUGUUGCAAAUGAAAACUAAAAUAGGGAAUAUUUAUGGUCAUCUUUAUGUGCAAGUUCAACUUGCAUUACAAGCAUCUCCUCUGAUCCCACAGAAAACUAAUACAUGGAUAAAAUACAUGGAAAUACUGGCUAAAGUAAGUAAUAGGUUCAGUUUUACUUACCCUAGAGCAUUAUCAUAUUUUGUUGUGAUUUUCAUGUCUACCGUGAAAUGAGAAACAAUGUAGUAAACGACAAAUACUCAUUUAAAGCACUUUAUUGGUUUAUUGAACUACAGCUUCGUAUUUCAUGUUUCCAAGGAGUUCUGUGGACUAAUUUACUAUUUGUCCAUUACCAAGUGCCAGCAUGAAAUUGUGCCCUGCAUAUGCUAAAUGGCUUUCACAGAAAGGGAAUGAACAAAUCCAUACAAUACAUGAAUAUGGUCUACCAGCACUCUACUAGCUAUGUUCCAGGAUAACUACCUGCCAGCAAUUUCUGAUUUUACACAGAUCAUUGUAUAAUUUAUUUUAAAGGGUUCAAUUUCUUAACACUACAGUACUUUGAAAUGCACUAUGGUAGCUCUGCCACCAAAUGUUGAAUAUUAUCACUUCUCCCUAAAUACUGCAUCAGACUCAAACAGAAAGUGUAUUUUUAAUUUAUUAUAAACCUACAAUUUUUAUUUAUUGCUAGUCUGCUUAGUAGUGUUAGACUUCUAUCAUCUAUUUAAAUAGUCUGUUUUCAAAGUUGCUGCUGUUUCUGCUGUUCUGGUUAUGAAAAACGUCAUCAAAAGUUCAAUCCAUACAACCAGCAUAUAGUCUGAAAUACGCUGGCAGGCUGAAAAGCACUUGUCUGACCUCGCUCUGAUAGAGUGCUUUGGAACUCCUGGGGCUAAAAGUAUUUUACAACAGACUGCUGUUCUGCAUUACACUUCCAGGGCUGUAGUCUCAGCAGCCAGGUAUCAGCACAGCAUUUUUGAAGUCAUACUGUUUCAAACCAGAUGAAGAUUUAGAUCAAACUUUUAGAGUUUUUUUUUUUUUUUUUUUUUUUAAUAAGGCAGAGAAGUACUAAUGUUACAAUCAUUGCAAUAAAAUGUCAUGUGUCCUGUAUUUGUCGUAACAGUCGACUGAGGACUAGAAUGGCAUUUAUGAUUAAAAUAUAUCUUUGUAAAAAAUACCAUGACCAAGAAUUUACUUACAUUAAAGUACACUGCAGGGGAAUUUAUUAUUAUUAUUUUCAAGUUCCCUUUCUUCCCUAAAAUUCCUUCCCUUCCAAAAUCUCAAUUUUUGGCUGCAACAUGUAUUCAAAUGAUAUAGUUUAAUCUGUCACCUGGAAAACUACUUAAAAAAAAAAACUAAAUAAAAAGUUAUAUUGUUUUGCAGUUUUUGAUACAUCCAAGUGUGAUAGUUUCAUAAAGCACAGAUUAUCAUAUGCAUAGAGAAAUUACUUAUGAGAAAAACAAAACUUUUGAUUCUCUUCUCAAUGGGUGAACACCAAUGUUAACUCUCCGUUUCAUGUUAGAACUAUGCCCUUGCUACCAAUAGACUGUAAAUGUUUUUUCUCCUUAAAAACGUUUUGCACUGAUGAAAAACAAGGGAAUGUUAAAUACAGAGUAAGAUUUUUAAACCAUGGUCUCAAACAAAACAAACUGCACUACAGAACAACAGUAUUAUGAAGAUUUAGCUGCUGAGAUACAGUGACUGUUGUAUGAAGUUUUGAGUAAUAGGCAGGAAAUGAAUACAUGAAAAUAUUUUGUUGUAAAAAAUGAGACACACUGCUAUUAAACUUUGUUUUAAGUAAUAAGGAAAAAUAAAAGACAAAGAUAUAACUGCAA